GGGAUGUGUGCAAUUUUUGGCCAAUCCUCCUCUGUAUUCUUACUAGUGUUUGACCAAUGCUUGGACCUUAAGAAAACACAGACAGUGGGACACGACAAGAAUUAAAAAACUAAGUCAGAGGAGUGGGUCCACACUGCCAUGUGUCAUCUGCUGACUGGUGUAGCCGAACCAUGCAUUUCCCGAAAUGGGCUGAGUAACAUCUAUACACGCCAUGCGCGGGAAACCCAACCACAGCCAGUUCAGAAACGAAUCCAUAAGCUCAUUGCACUUCUUCAAUAUCCAAAUCUCCAACAGAGAAGGUGCAGAGCUGGCUACGCACUGCAAACUACUCUCACUCUCCAAAUGCUCUCUUCCAAAACCCAUUGCUUGUUUUUCCAUCUUCUACCGCUUAAACCACCUAAAUCCUCAACUUGUCUCUGCUCCAUGCCCGGAAAAAGUCGCAGACUUUGGUGUCCGGUUCAUUUUAAACCACCCCAACUCCGAAAUCUCGAGCUUUCCUCGAAAGGGGUUCUCAGAAAUCACCAAAGAAAUCAAUGGCAGAGCAUUACAUGGACUAUGCGUAAAGGGUAUUUUGCCUUUCAGUGUAUUUUAUUCGAAUACUUUAGUAAGUAUGUAUCCCAGGUUUGACCGUAUAGAACAAGCACGGCACGUGUUCGAUGAUGUGUCCGAAAGAAAUGAAGCUUCUUGGAAUACGAUGAUGUCGGGAUAUGUCCGAGUGGGUAUGUACCCUGAAGCAAUUGGAUUUUUUAGAGAGGUUUGUGGCCAUGGCGUCAAGCCAAGUGGGUUUCUGAUUUCUAGUAUGAUAACAGCAUGUGAUAAGUCUGGUUGUAAGUUUAGUGAAGGAGUUCAAGUUCAUGGGUUCGUUGUUAAAAUUGGUUUGUUAAGUGAUGUUUUCGUGGGUACUUCUUUGUUGCAUUUCUAUGGCACCUAUGGGCAUGCCUCUGAUGCCCAGAAGCUUUUUGAAGAGAUGCCUGACCGGAACGUUGUCACUUGGACAUCUUUAAUAGUUGGGUAUACAGAUAAUGGAGAAUUAGGGAAAUCUAUCGAUACUUAUAAGCGUAUGAGGUAUGAAAAUAUAUUUUGCAAUGAGAAUACAAUUGCUGCAGUUAUCAGUGUUUGUGGGAUGCUUAGUGACCAAUUUUUGGGUCUUCAAGUUCUUGGGCAUGUUAUAAAGUCUGGAUUUGAGACUAAUGUUUCUGUGUUAAACUCCCUUAUAGCCAUGUAUGGUAGCUGUGGUAGUGUGGACGAGGCCUGCUAUGUAUUUGAUAACAUGGUUGAACGUGACACUAUCUCAUGGAAUUCAAUUAUUACUGCAAACGCACAGAAUGGGCUUUGUGAAAAUUCUUUAAGAUAUUUCUAUUGGAUGAGGCAUGUCCAUAAAGAAGUGAAUUCUACUACACUUUCAACAUUGUUAACGGUGUGCAGUUCUGCAGACAAUUUAAACCGGGGAAGAGGAAUUCAAGGACUUGUAGUAAAACUGGGUUUGGAAUCAAAUGUAUAUGUGGGAAAUACUCUCCUGAAUAUGUAUUCAAUGGCAGGUAGAUGUAGAGAUGCAGAGUCCGUUUUCCAGAGAAUGGCAGAGAAGGAUUUAGUCUCAUGGAACUCCAUGGUAGCAUGCUAUGGUCAGAAUGAGGAAUGCCAAAAUGCCUUGGACCUUUUCUCUGAAAUGCUUCGGAUGAGAAAGUUAAUGAACUAUGUAACUAUCACAAGUGCAUUGUCUGCUUGUUCUAGCCCUGAAUUUCUCCAUGAAGGCAGGAUGCUUCAUGCUAUUUCUAUCCUCGCAGGGUUACAGGGCAAUUUGGUCGUUGGUAAUGCAUUAGUCACCAUGUAUGGAAAGUCUGGUAUAAUGACUGAAGCGAAGAAGGUAUCACAAACGAUGCCAAAGCGAGAUGAAGUAACUUGGAAUGCUCUUAUCGGAAGCCAUGCUGAGAAUGAGCAACCAAAUGAGGCAAUAAAAGCUUUUAAUAUGAUGAGAGAAGAAGGUAUACCAGAAAACUACAUCACAAUGGUUAAUGUUCUUGGUGGUUGCUUGACUCCUGAUGGUCUACGGAAACAUGGGAUGCCCAUCCACGGACAUAUAGUUGUGAUGGGAUUUGAAUUUGAUAAGUAUGUGCAGAGUUCUCUUAUAACAAUGUAUGCCAAUUGUGGUGAUUUAAGUUCAGGCAAUUCCAUCUUUUAUGUAUUAGCUAACAAAAAUUCCAUCACAUGGAAUGCUAUCAUUGCUGCAUAUGCUCAUAAUGGCUAUGCUGAAGAAGCUUUAAAAAUGAUUUUGAAGAUGAGAAAUACUGGGAUAGAUUUAGAUCAGUUUAGCUUCUCUGUGGCACUUUCGGUGAGUGGUGACUUGGCUGUAUUAGAGGAAGGUCAACAAUUACAUUGUUUGGCAGUUAAACUUGGUUUUGAAUCAGACCAUUAUGUUACAAAUGCAGCAAUGAGUAUGUAUGGAAAGUGUGGCGAAAUGGAUGAUGUUUUAAGAAUACUUCCCGCACCAAUUAACAGGUCAAGAUUAACAUGGAACAUAAUGAUAUCAUCUUUUUCUAGACAUGGGAGUUUCCAGAAGGCUAGGGAGACAUUUCAUGAAAUGCUAAACUGGGGACAGAAACCUGACCAUGUCACCUUUGUCUCACUUCUAUCUGCAUGUAGUCAUGGGGGUCUGGUGGACGAAGGUCUUGAAUAUUACACUUCAAUGACUGCAACUUUUGGUGUUCCACCUGCAACAGAGCAUUGUGUGUGCAUAAUUGAUCUUCUUGGACGAUCAGGAAGGCUUUCUGAGGCUGAAAAAUUUAUUAAAGAAAUGCCGGUUCCUCCUAGUGAUCUUGUCUGGAGGAGCUUGCUAGCAUCAUGUAAAAUCCAUUGCAAUUUAGAGCUAGGGAGAACAGCUGUAGAAAAUCUUGUUAAAUUGGACCCUUCAGAUGAUUCCGCUUAUGUUCUUUAUUCAAAUAUCUGUGCAACUACUGGGAGAUGGGAAGACGUAGAGAAUGUAAGGAGUCAAAUGGGAUCGAACAACAUAAAGAAGCAGCCUGCUUGCAGUUGGGUUAAGUUGAAAGGCCAGAUAAGUAAAUUUGGGAUGGGUGAAAAAUCUCAUCCUCAGACUCCACAGAUUUACAGCAAGUUGGCUGAGCUUAUGAAGAUGAUUCGAGAAGCAGGCUAUGUUGCUGAUACAAGCUAUGCACUGCAUGAUACAGAUGAAGAACAGAAGGAACAUAAUCUUUGGAACCAUAGUGAGAGAAUUGCCCUUGCCUUCGGAUUGAUCAAUACUCCACAAGGUUCACCUAUUAGGAUCUUCAAGAAUCUUCGUGUUUGUGGUGAUUGCCAUUCUGUCUAUAAGUUUGUCAGUGGAACAGUUGGGAGGAAGAUCAUACUGAGGGAUCCUUAUAGGUUUCACCAUUUUAGCGAUGGCAAAUGUUCUUGUGCUGACUUUUGGUAAUGAAGUCAUUUUGAGGCACCUUUUUAUGUUUAGAGAAUAGUUUUGAAAUCCCAUCAUCUAUUGGGAUAGCCUGUAUAGUCUAAGUAUGCACAGAAAACCCUUUAUUUUGAAAUUUUCAAGGUGAGCUUUUUUUCCCUCCACAA